AUGCCCACUCGCAUUCUCAUCGUCGGCGCUGGCGCCAUCGGGGCCUUCUACGGCUCAAGACUGGCUUGUGCGUCCAACACGGCCGUUUCAGCGCUGUGCAGGUCGAACUUCCAGGCUGUGCAAGCGAACGGAUUCAAAGUCACUUCUCCCAAAUAUGGCGAAACGACAUUCCGACCCGAAUACGUCUUCAGUUCUCCAGAGGAUGCCAGGAGAGCGAAUGUCAAGUGGGACUAUCUGGUGGUCUCCACCAAGGCGCUACCCGAUGUCAGUGACGACAGUGGUCUUCUGGACGGUCUGGUCGGCAAUGGCACCAGCAUCGUACUGGUGCAAAAUGGACUGGGAGUAGAAGAGCCGUAUCGAAGGCGCUUUCCCAAGUCUCCAGUAUUGAGCGCCGUCACGAUUGCCAGCGCUGCUCAGCCAAGCCAUGGCGUAAUCCAACACAACCGGUGGACGCGGAUAUCCAUCGGGCCAUAUCUCCCACACCUGGACAAAGGUGGCUCGGGCGCGGCAGAGGACGACAAAGCUGCCACAGAUAGCAAUGAGAAGCUAGUCAAGCUGCUUCAGGAAGUGGGGAUCAGCGAUGCAGAGUCAUACGACCACGCUGGUCUACAGUUUGUCCGUUGGCACAAGAUUGCCAUCAACGCUGCCAUGAAUCCAAGCUCCGUACUGUCCGGAGGCUGCGGGAACCAAGAAAUGUCCCUGGAUCCGGAGCUUUCAAGGCAUCUAGAAGGUAUCAUGAAUGAGGUUCUGGAAACGGCGCCCAAAGUCCUCGGCAAGGCUUUGCCGCCGAAAUUGGCCACGGCUGAGCAGAUCUUGAAGUCAACGAGGAGGAACUCAAGCGGAAGCAAGCCCAGCAUGUGGUUAGACUGGGAGAAGGGUGCGAAGAUGGAGUUAGAAGUCAUCCUGGGCAAUCCCAUCCGGAUUGCUCGUGACAAGGGAUUCGAAAUGCCCCGGUUGCAGACGAUGUAUGCUCUCAUCAAGAAAGCUCAAGAACAUCGUGAUAAUAAUAGGCAGAGCAAGUUGUAA